AUGGCUUCUUCUUCUUCGUCUUCUUUUUCUCAUUCGUCUUCGUCACCGACGAACAAGAAAACAACUAAAUUCUCCAAAAUUCAACAAACCCUCUUCCAGAAACCUUCUUCUUCGAAAGCUACGAGCUUAGCUAAAAGACAAGAGACUGUCUUCAAGAAAGCUUACGAGCUUUCAACUCUCUGUGGAACCGACGUCUGCGUCAUCAGUUACGGAUUAGACGGAGAGCUUAAAACAUGGCCUGAAGACAGAAAGAAGGUCGAAGCCAUGGCUCGAAGUUACAAAUCUUUAGAUAUUAAGAAGCGACUCAAAGGACAAGUUGAUCUUCGCCAGUUUCUCAAGAAGAUCAACAAGGGUGAUUCCAAUACGAAAAAGAAGAAGAAAGUGGCGUCUGGAUCCAGUGACAAGUAUCCAGAUUGGGAUCCGAGGUUUAAUAAUUACUCUGUAGAGCAACUCACGCUGCUGAUUCAGUCCUUGGAACGUAGUCUAACCACAAUGCAACAUAGGCUUCGAGCUCUUGCUGAGUCUCAGAAACAGAGGCAGAAUAUGCACAACACGAACAUGGCUCAUCAAGAACAGAUGAUUACUACUACUACUGCUGCACUGAAUCAUCUUCACCAACAUUCAAACCAGGUUCCAAUGGAUCUGUUUAACCAAGCAAUGUACGGUGCUUCAUCGCAAAUCCCACCCUCUGCAUCAUCUUUCAACCAAGCGCAAUCUCUGGCUCCGAUUCCGAAUUCACUGACGAUAUACCAGAAUCCACUGACGAUGUAUCCGAAUUUGAAUGUUGAAAGUUACUUACGUGGGUUACAAGGAACUGGAAUGAGUGAGUUUCCGAGCAAGAACAUGUUACCCUACAACAACAUCAACAACAACAACAACAACAGUGUUAAUGGUUUUCCAAAACAGUUUUAUCAGAAUGGCAAAGUGGAAGAUUACUCUGGCUAUCUUGGGUUACAAGAAACUGGGAUCAACAACAUGAAUGAUUAUCCCGGUUUACUCUGGGCGCAAGGAAUUGGGAUUAACGGGUUGCAGAACAUGGACAUGUACGGCUACAACAACAGCAACAUUAACACCAAUGGUCUUUCCAAUCAGCUUGUUCAAUUUCCGACACAAAGAGCCGAGCCCGUUUUUCAAUAUGGAUCGAUCAACCCAAAAUUUUAG